AUGGGUGUCAUGAUAAGCAUGACCUUGGUGUUUAUCUAUGGAGGACUACUACUACUCUUUGGAUCUGCUUUCAUGGGUGCUCACGCCUCUGUGUCCUAUAACUUUGAUCAACCUCAGUCCAACCACUUCUACCCUAAAUAUUUGAAGGUGGUUUCCCGGAGAAAGAGCACACCACCACCACCACCCCCUGCUGGGAAUUUACAGCAUCAUUAUGGCGUACCUUCAAAGAAUAAGCCGCCAUAUUAUAAGCCGAAGCCACCUAUAUUUAUGCCAAGGCCAACGCUGCAGCCGCCACCACCACCAGCAUCAUCAAGGUUGGAAUCAUCGCCGCUGCUACCAGUAUGA